UAUAACAUAGAAUAAUUAAUCCAACUUAAUCGACAAAUAGUGCAAUAUAAAUUUUUGUUAUUUAUGAUUGUUUCGAAUUAUGCAACGAUUUUGGUGAUGGAAAAAUAAAAUGUCGAUAGUUUUCAUGGAUGUUUUAAUUAAUUGAUUUGAUACAAUAGUCAACGAGCGCUAAAUACCUUGACAGUGCCCUUCUCUAAAAAUCGAUUUACAACGCGCAUGCGUCAGCAUUUCUUGAGAAAUUAUUGCCUCCUGUCAAGCUCAGCCGCGGCGAGCUUGUAAUAAUAGAAAAUAAACCAUGUAAAUACAAAACAUCACAACUUAUCAUUUAGCUAUAAAUUGCAUGUUUGCAUGUUUGCAUGUUUGUCUAUUUACAAGUUUGUGUUACAAACUAAAAUAUAAAUAAACUAACUAAUUCAUUGACGAAAAUGUGAUGUUACUAUAGUAAUGUAACUUGAAUAACAUUUUAUGUAACACCACGGGCUACAUUUUGCGAGUCUUGUGCGUGAUUUUUUCAAAAUGGCGAAGUGUGGGUAUCACGAGUGCGUCGGUGGUAUAAAGUGAAAUAUGAAUGAAACACUGGGCAGGGGCUACGCCCGCAUCGAAGCUAUCCGAGCGGCCCGAGGCGAAGCCGUCAACAUGUCGGAGCCCGGGGCUCCGCCGGCGGACCGGUACAACUCCGUCUAUCUCACUCUCUUCGUGGCUGGAGCAGCGUUUCUACUGCCCUUUAACAGCUUCAUCAUGGCGGUGGACUACUUCCAGCACCACUACCCCAACACGACGAUAAUGUUCGACAUGUCGACCGUGUACAUCGCGGCCGCCUGCGUCGCCGUCGUCGUCAACAACCUCCUCAUUGACCUCUUCACCUACAACACUAGGAUCACCUUCGGUAUUCUCCUAUCUCUGGCGACCAUGCUGUUCGUGGCGGUCUGCAACAUCGGUUGGGACGGUUUCUCCACGAACGUGUCGUACACCAUCAACCUGAUUGCUAUCGGUGUGGUUGCGUUCGGUUGCACCAUCCAGCAGGCGUCAUACUACGGAUUCACGGGUUGUCUGCCACCGCGGUACACUCAGGCUGUCAUGGCGGGUGAAAGUGCCGCAGGCUUCUGGGUCUCCCUAGACAGGAUCGUGACGAAGUACUGGUUCAAGCAGCCGAAGCGGAGCACAUUCAUGUUCUUCAUCUUCUCCAUCCUCAUCCUGCUGGGCCACUCGAUGCUGCACCACGUGAUGAUGAAGCAUCCCCUGGUCCAGCACUACCUGAGGCUCACCAACGAGUCCCGACACAGGCGCCGCAUACAGCUCCAUCUGAACCCCACUGAGGAUGCCACUUUGAUGGAAAGUGAAGCUGGCGAGCCGAGCUACGGAGUGCUGAAACUACAAAGCCCUGUCGCCUCUACUGCUGGCACCGCGGAAGCAGACAGCGCGUUCAGUUUCGCGAACCCCGUGUACUCGCCUACCGCGACGUUACCUGUCGCGUUAGAGAGCGUGUCGGAGCCGCGCUCACCAUCAGCUCGGUCUUCCAGACCUUCUUACAAGGUGGAGGACGUGGUGUUCGAGGCCCCCGAGCGACCGACGUCGUGGAGGAACUUUAAACGUGGCGUACUAGCGCGAUGGGCGGUCGCACGAGCAAUAUACCCGUACAUGGUGUCGAUAGGCCUGGUGUACUUCACCACGCUGAGCCUGUACCCCGGGAUCGCGUCUGAGGUGCCCUCCUGCCGGCUGGGUUCCUGGAUGCCCAUCAUACUCAUGUCUUCGUUUAACUUCUUCGAUUUUAUUGGAAAGAUCGCGGCGGCGUGGCCGUACGAGUGGAGCCGCAGCCAGCUGCUGAUGGCGAGCGGCUGCCGGUUGCUGCUGGUGCCGCUGCUGCUGCUGUGCGCCGCGCCGCGCUACUCGCCGCACAUCGUCGGAGAUAUGUAUCCAAUCAUGUUUUCCGUCGUGCUGGGUUUCUCGAACGGUCUAUUCGGUUCGGUGCCUAUGAUACUAGCGCCAUCUAGAGUUGGUAGAGAACAUCGGGAGAUUGCUGGUAACAUGAUGACGCUGUCUUACAACGGGGGUCUACUAUCAGGGUCCCUCGUAUCGUAUCUCCUGCUGAGCAUGCUCGGUCCCCCCGCGGAGGCCCCCUGCCGGGUCUACCCCACCCCCGUGUUACCCACCCUCCCCCCUGUAACUACCACCCCCUCCAAUAUCACAAUCCCUUUUGUACAUUAAGGUACUUAUAAAGAAGGUUAGAAUCGUUUCGUUGACAAUGACAGUUUUAUGCCCGGUUUUUGUACAUUUUCUGAGAUUGUGACAGGUGUUUCAUUUUUCGACAGCGUUGUUGAUUGGUCGAUUAUUGGAAGUCAGCCAAUCAUAAAUAUAGUGAAUAAAACUUAGCACGUGCUGGUUUGUCAUCCAUGAACGUUUAAUACAAUCACAGAAAUAGUUCGUAGUUCGUACCCGCGCGGUACCCUAAUAUUAAUUUUGAAAACAUUAUUUACUUAUAUUAAUGGCGGAGUUCGUACUACUACGCUACUAGGGGUCGCAAUACCGAACCAUUUAAGCAAAACCGGUAUUU